GAGAGGUUCCGCUGUGGGGCCCAGAGUGGGCAUGGAGGCAGCUCCAGCCCGUGAGUUGACGCGCCCGCAGGAACUUCUGGCGCCACCUUGUCUAGACACCGAAUCGCUCCGGAAGAGUCGACCCCCCGCGCUGGAGCCUGGAGCCCUGAGAUGCCUCACUCCCAAUGGCAGGUCCCUGUGGUCCGCGUGCCAGGACUCAGUCAGCACGGCACUGCCUUUCCUCCAAGAGAAAGAGAAGGAGCCACCAGGGUCCCCUUCUCCACCCCCCCAGGCCCCGGGGCCGUGCUGGGAGCUGAUGGUAAUUGGGAUGUCAGACCCACUAAGUAUGGCCAGGAACCCCAAGAGCACACAGUACCCCAAAACGGAAACUUCCAGUGCUGUUCCCCCGGCCUCACCCCAGAGAAGAUCACGGAAGCAGCUGAACCCCCGAAUGGGCAUUGAGAAGGUGGACCCCAGGUUCAGGGGGGUGACCCUGGAGUUCCAGAUCCAGCCGGAUUCUAGCCUCCAGAUUGUGCCCACCUACAGCUUGCCUGGUAGAAGUUGUUCACCAAAGCUCCCUGCAAGCCCUCCCAAGGCCCUUGUCAGCCCAGGAGGCAGCGAGGCCCUCGGGCCCCGGCGCUGUGCUUCUUGUAGGACCCAGAGGACUCCUCUCUGGAGAGAUGCUGAAGAUGGGACCCCCCUCUGCAAUGCCUGUGGCAUCAGGUACAAGAAAUAUGGCACCCGAUGCUCCAGUUGCUGGCUGGUCCCACGGAAAAGCAUCCAGCCCAAGAGGCUGUGUGGCAGGUGUGGUGUGUCUCAGGACCCCCAGCUAGGCCCGACUCAGGAACUGUAGCCCUUCUUCAUAUAAGCAAGUCAGUUUUGUCUCUGUUUCUUGAGGGGAAAAGUACCCACACUGACUGGCAGGGAUCCCAGGGACCCCUCUCUACUCAGUCUAGGCUGAA